CUCCCCCUUUUUCUCCUCUGAUUAACCGCAGGUUGUUUUCCAUCCUUAACACAAGACAAGAGCUCGAACAGGAUGGAGGCCCUGUUAAACGAGUGGCUGUGGCAGGAACAGUACUGGCUUCCUCCUGGUAUUGGCUGGCAGGACACAGAGAUGACGGAAGAUGAGGGACACUUUCCUCUACCUAGGGAUCUCAUCUACGCCUUGCCACUGGCUUUUGCCUUUAUAGUCCUCAGAUAUGUAUUUGAAAGGUGGGUUGCAGUUCCUUUAAGCAGAUAUUUAGGUGUGAAGGAUCGGAUACGGAUUCGAGUCCCAUCUGUCCCAAAAUUGGAGGCCUUCUACAAACAAAGCAGUCGACAACCAUCACAAACUCAAGUGGUGAGCUUGGUGAAGCAGUGCGGUCUCUCCCAAAGGAAGAUCCAGACCUGGUUCCGGCACAGAAGGAACCAGGACCGACCCAGCAACACAAAAAAGUUCAGCGAGGCAUCCUGGAGGUUUGUGUUCUACCUAAUAGCAUUUGCAGCAGGACUCAGCUCACUAAUUAAUACUUCAUGGUUCUGGGAUCACAGAGAGUGCUGGAGGGGUUAUCCCAAACAGCCCGUGACAGAUGCUCAUUACUGGUACUACAUGCUGGAGAUGGGUUUCUAUCUGUCCCUGCUUCUGAGUGUUUCUGUGGAUGUCAAACGAAAGGAUUUCAAGGAGCAGGUGGUUCAUCAUAUCGCCACCUUAUUUCUCAUCGCUUUCUCCUACUGCGCCAACUAUGUGAGGGUUGGCUUGUUGGUGAUGCUGGUGCACGAUUCUUCUGACUUCCUCCUCGAGUCUGCCAAGAUGUUUCACUAUGCAGUGUGGACGAGGACGUGUGAUUCACUGUUUGUCGUCUUUGCCGUCGUCUUCCUGAUUACAAGACUGGUGGUGUUUCCUUGCAGAAUUAUCCACACAACCAUGGUGCUGUCUCUUGAGUUCUACCAGCCAUUUUUUGGGUAUUAUUUCUUCAACAUUCUGCUCUUGGUGCUCCAAGCGCUGCACAUCUUCUGGGCCUACCUUAUUGUGAGGAUGGUCCGCAAGUUUGUCUUCAAGGGCAAGGUUGAGGGAGAUGAACGCAGUGAUGCAGACAGUGAAGACGACAAUGACAAGGAGGUGGAGGAGGAACCAGAGGAUGAAGGAAAUGAAUGCAACUGGGAGCAAAGGCAAAAGACAUCGCUGGCUAGCAACUGUGUCCUGAACAACCUGACCAAUCAGGGGAGUGUAACCAGCAGGCUGCCGAAAGCCAGAUAG